AUGUCGACUAGAUAUCAAAAAGCCCACUACCUUACUCGCUUCAUAUACUCACAUGAAGCCAGUCUACACGGAACCGGCUCAAACUCUCGAGUCUUCGAGAUCCAAACCGCAGCCAUUCGGUACGAACUCGGAGAUAACCACACCUACGACUUCAUCGAAGGCAACAUCCCUGCCCCAAUGCAGCCAGGGAUCGAACUCAUCGCGACCAAGGACGAGCCGAUGUACGCUUACUUCGACGAGAAGAACCCGGAAAGCGGAGUCGCCGCCUACGGACACCUGGAGGAGCUGCUCUACCACGAAGGGCCCUACGACGGCGUCAUCGCGUUCAGCCAGGCAGGCACGUUGAUUCUGACCUACCUCGCGCAUCUCGCCAAACAGAAGCCGGGCCGCCCCCUGCCCUUCAGGUUCGCCAUCAUCCUCUCGAUCACCCACCCACCCCUGGACUACGGCGCCAUCCAAAGCGGGGAGAUCCGGCCGAUAGACCUCGGAGCCCACCAGGAUGUGGUCCGCAUUCCCACGGCGCACAUCUGGGGCUCGCAGGAUCUGGCGGCGGGCGAGAUUGCGUUGACAAAUACCAUCUGCGCGGCCGGGGUGCGGUGGGUUAUCGCGCUGAGUCUAUUCCUCGCCACGGCUGAGAUCACAAUCAUUAGUACAUCACUAGUCACCAUCAGCCGUCACCUGGAUGGCUUCGAUCAAAGCACCUGGAUCAUCACCUCCUACCUGCUGGCGUUCGCGGGCUUCCUCACCGUCUGGGCCAAAUGCAGUCACUUUAUUGGGCUCAAGAUAACGAUUCUAAUCUCACUAGCCAUCUUCGUGGCCUUCUCAGGAGGCUGCGCUGCUGCCCAGACCAUGAGUCAGCUCAUUAUCUGCCGCGCCUUCCAGGGCAUCGGGGGAUCAGGGGUCUUUACCUCGUGUCUUUUUGGCCUGAUCUGCCUCCUUCCCCCUGCCAAGUUUGACAUCGCCAGUGCAGCGGGGUCAGGUGUGCUGACGCUGGCGCUGAUCCUGGGCGCAUUAAUUGGGGGUGGCAUCAGCACAUCCGGCGCCUGGCGUUGGAUCUUCCUAUUCAAUGUUCCGGCCGGGAUAGUGGCAUGGGCAACCAUCUGGAUCCUGGUUCCCAACGACUUUGAGAGUUCCCGAAAGGCCGGCGACCAGAUUCAUGGGCUCUGGAACUUCCUGACCAAAGCAGACACCGUUGGCUGCCUGCUGCUGCUCUCCUUCUCCGUCUUCUUCGUGGCCGCCUUCGAGGAAGCGAACAUCCGGUACGCGUGGUCGUCAGCCGCCAUCAUCGCCAUGCUGACGAUCUCGGGCGUGUUGCUGGUUGGGUUUAUCGCAUGGGAGUGGUCCGUGGCCAAUCGCAAGUAUUGGGGAUUCGAGCCGAUUCUCCCUUGGAACAUCCUCCGUAACCGAGUGUUGCUGGGAGCCAUCCUGGGCUGCUUCCUCACAGGACCUGCGGUCACAAUCCUGUACAUCGAACUCCCGCAGCGCUUCCAGACCGUCAACCACAGCACCGCGAUCGGCGCCGGGGUGAAGGUCCUCACGUUCGGGCUGGGCUCGCCCGUCGGCGCGGGGAUUUGCAGUCUCCUGGCCGGGCGCCUGCGCACUCCGUUCGUGUAUCUGGCGGCGGCAGGGUCCGUGCUGCAGAUCGUGGGGGCCUUCCUCCUCUCCUCGGUGCCACCCACCGUGGACAUCUGGCCGGGCCAGUACGGAUACAUGGUGAUCACGGGUCUGGGGACAGGGAUUUCCAUCGCGGCGCUGUACAUGUGUGUGCCGGUGGUGGUGACCACGGAUCAAGCCACUGCCAUGGGCCUGACGCUCCAAGCGCGCAUGAUUGGGGCCUCCCUCGGCGUGGCCAUCGUCAACAGCAUCUUGAUCGAUUACGUCAAGGGUCAUCUUCCGGCAACCGAGGCAGCAGCAGCGGAUCCGAACCUGCUCUCCGGGUUUCCGACGGCGACCCAGGAGGAGAUUCGCAAGGUCUACGCGGCGGGGUACAAUCGACAGAUGUACGCGGUUGGGGCGUUUGGAGCGGCGCAAUUGAUCGCUGUUGCCUUGAUGUGGAAGAGGGAGCAAGUCCGGUUUGUCAAGUGAACGGGGCCACUCCACUCCCCAAUCAUCUCAUUGCACUUCACUUCGAUUCAAAUUCUGUUGACGCGAUUGAGCCUACUAGUGCAGCUAGCUAUGUAGGUCUGGCGUCGAAGCAAAGAACCUUCCCGGACCAGAGCAACGCAUUCGGACUCUCCUUGAACCCUGUAUGUUCCUGCUCGCUUGCGUCUUUCCCGUGACUGCCGGAGUCUGGGGUUCCGCACGCUACAUAGCUACAGGUCAUCACUCGCAUUCAGGCCGCGAAGCACUCGCCCGAACUACUUCCUACCU